GGGAUCGUCGGGGACUUCCGGGAGGACUCGGAGGCAAGGUAUAGCGAGCUUAAUCGAAUUUCCACUCCCUCCGUCAUUCCCGUAAUCGCCCAUCAAUUCGGAUGGUCAAAGCGAUGAGGGAAUCGAGAUCAGUAGGUAACUCCUCCAAGAUGCCGUGUUGGAACAUAUCGAACAGCGCUUCCUGGUUCCAAGCACUCUCCGCUGCCAACGUGCAGAAAUCCAAGCGGGGCUCCCGAGAAGGUGGAGUGACUGAUGAGACGGCGCUGCUCACAGUCGAGUUACAGAGGGGCUGUGGGGUUACCACCGUGGUAGGCUGCCUCCCAGACAACCCGCAGAAUUGCUCCAGCAAAAUAUCCAACACCCGGUCAUGACGUUCAGCGAACGUUUGGACCCCUCCAUAAGGCCACGAAGCAAUUCUUUGUGCAAACCGAUGGAGGCUCCAUGGGAGGAGAUGGCGUUGUGCAGCUGGUCAGGGUCUGCUGGGUCAGUCAUGACCAGUUCCUACUAUCAGGUGUCAAGACACCUGGGCAGCUGUGGGGUCCUGUCAGCACGGCGUGCCACCCUGCCCCUGUCCUCCCCCCUCCUCCGGACCACACCCUCCCGCAGCUUUAUUAACCUGGCUGCCUCCAUCACUGCCCGCAGGAUGGAGUACUCUGAGAGCCGCACACUAGGGUACACUCCAGAGCAGAUGUACAGUGUGGUGGCCAGUGUGGACCAGUACCAGCACUUUGUCCCUUGGUGUAAGAAGUCCCGGGUCGUGAAGGGAAGGAAUGGGGAUGUCCGGGCCCAGCUGGAGAUUGGGUUCCCUCCCAUCGUGGAGCGUUACACCUCGGAGGUCACGGUUGUCCCAAACCACCAAGUCAGGGCCGUGUGUACAGACAGCUCCCUCUUCAGCCACCUGGAGACGAUAUGGAGGAUUGCCCCAGCAGCCGAGGACCAACCAGACUCCUGCAACAUCGACUUCCACGUAUCCUUCGAGUUCAGGUCUUUGUUGCACUCCCAGCUGGCCUCCCUGUUCUUUGACGAGGUGGUGAAGCAGAUGGUGAACGCCUUUGAGUCGCGGGCAGCCAAACUAUACAGGGGCCACCACGCCCCCUUCCAGGAGGCGCCAGCGAGGAGGCGAGCCGCAUGAGAAGACUCACUCACCCCACUCACUGACACGGACUGAAAUAAGACCCACUCCCGACCACCAUCCCCACCUGAAACCCCUCACCACUCCAUUUCACCAUGUCUUAUGCAGGAGACUGGAUCUUCUAUUUUAGAUGUUCUUUACACAAAAGCACCUAUUUAUUUGUAUUACAGAAACUUUAAUUUAUUUACUUGAAUGUACAUUACUAUUUUUUUUAUCUGGGAUGGAAGUGGAUGUUUGUUGUCAAAUGUUCAUGUUUGAAAGGGACCUUUUUUAAGUUACAGAAGAUCAAGUGACUCCUUUGUGGUGUUCAAAAACCUCAGAGGUCAGCUUUUUCUUCCUGGCACUAAUACAAUAAAAAUGCUUUGUCUGAAUGGAAAAUUAAACAAAGCUCAUUUUGAUACUC